GCCGCGGGGAGCGCGCGGCGCGGCCGGCCCGGACAGGGAGCUGCCGGGAGCGGCCAUGUCCUUCUGCGCCUUCCGCGGCGCCGAGCGCUACGCCGGCCUCUUCGACCCGGGCAUCUACGUGUGCUCCAAGUGCGGCUACGAGCUCUUCUCCAGCCAGGCCAAGUUCGAGCACUCGUCGCCGUGGCCAGCGUUCACCAAGACGGUCCAUGCCGACAGCGUGUCCAAGUACGAGGAGCGUCCGGGCGCCCUGAAGGUAUCGUGCGGCAAGUGCGGCAAUGGCCUGGGCCACGAGUUCCUCAACGACGGGCCGAAGAAGGGGCAGUCCCGCUUCUGAAUAUUCAGCAGCUCGCUGAAGUUCAUCCCCAAAGCCAAAGCAGACCAGGGGCUGACGGGGAAGUAAGCGAGCUGCCAUACUUCGUGCACUGCUCCUCCCUGCGGCGUGUCUCGUCCUGCGCUGGCAGCGCGGGACGGGUGGCCGUGACGGUGUUUCCGGAGCAGGUGAGGAUCUGCUGACGGGAGGACCUGCAGGCUUCUCCAGCGCGGUACUUCCCAGCGCAGACCCGUACCAGUCUCUGGAGGCUGGGCACUGGCUCAUGGGCUGGGAGAGCACCGACGCCACGACCCAGGCUGGAUGCGGGGGAGCCGCCGCUGGCACUGUUAUCAGGCUGGUCCUACUUCCAGUGCUGUCACAUCCCCAGCCCCAGCCAGGGCCAGGUACCCACUGCUGAAUGCCGUCGCCUCUCCAUUGUAGGUAGGAAGUGUGGCUGAAACUCUGGCCCCGCUGACCUCAGCGUUGGCUUCCCUGGAGCCAGGGUUUCACCCUUACCUCCGCAGUGGAGCAGAAGCAGGCGCUGGGCUCCGAACGGUUCCCCCCUCGGGAAAUCCAGCCAGUGCCCUGGGGCAGGCAAGGGCCGCACUGGGUUUCCCCGAGGGGAGAGCCUGGCCCUGCUCACCUGUGCUGUUUUCUGGCCUGGGAUCAUGGUAUGAAUCGCCCCAUGUAAACUCCCCCGGGAGGGCUGGGGCGAGGAUGGUUAUAUGAUCCGGCCAGACAACGGCCCAGGCUUGUCCUCAGAUUUGCACAGAAUAGAAAUGAUUUCACAGCCUGAUUCAGGUUCUUGGUCUGGCUGGGGCCUGUCUUGCACUGGGCUUAUUCUCGCCUCACCCCAUCGGCAUUAGCAAGCGCGACAGCCGAUUUCCACUGGCUUUGGCCGGCUUGGCUACAGUGCACAUCACUCAGGCUUUGAACCCUGUGUUCACGUUACCUCUUGAUACCAAAGGGCUACAACACUGAUUCCCCAGAGUGCAGUGCCUGGGUCCUGCUGCCUUUCCCCAGGGCCGGGGUCUCACAUCAGGCCUUCGUGGUCUCCACAACACAGCCACUCUAAACGCACAAGGGGGUUCAGCUCUCUUGUCCAAGUCUCCUGCAUUGCCUCUUUGGAGAGGCUGCAGCUGCUCUGUCCUCUCUGAGUCCGGAGUCCAGCAGACGUGGUGCAUUUGUGCCCCAGUCCUGCAGGCAAAACCCCCCUUGGCUUCAGGUGUGCGGGUUCAGGCAGGUAUAUGAGAUCAGGACGUGGGCUCCAAGCUCCAGCAGGCAGGCACGAUGGGAGCCCUGCCUCUAGCCACUGGUGCCCUUUCUAUCUGGGGACGCAGCCACAAGGCCUUGCGAGCGGUGCAAGGAAGGAACCCGCCAUGGGGCCAGCGGUGUUACGGUCCAUCUGUACUCAGGGGCACUUCACCAGCUCUUCACACCGUGGCAUCUGCCGAGAUGCAGCUGGCAGGGGGGCCUGCCCCUCCGAGCACCUGGUGUUUGCUGCGGCUUUUGCACUCGCCUCUGUAAAUGUUGACCUGAUAAUAAACUGUUGAUUUCCUCUGA